UGAAGAUUGUAAUAAAUUCAUGCAACGUGUAAUGCCAGUAGCAUGCAGUAGGGGGCAAAGGAGCUUAAGCUUCACUGAAAAGCUUGAUUCAAGCACUCCUGCAGCCAGUUCUGGUCCAGCCAACAAAUCAUCCACACCUGCAGCUUUGCUAGAGCCGCUGCAAGCCAGGGGGUGCUUGAGGGUUUGGAUUUUCUUUCACUGGUCGCUGAUUAAACCUGUGAUCCAGAUUGCUGUUGCCACCAACCUGAAGACAUAUGGAACCAUAAGGACAGGAACCAUUCUGUUUAUUUCUGUUUUAGACCUUCCGUGUGUAUGGGUAAUCAUUCUUGAAAAUCAGAUAUUAGCUCAAAGGACUCUCUAUGUCCACAAAUGUAAAAGUUGAGGAACAAUUCCUUGACGUUAAUUCAGGAGCCCAUAGUAUUUGGUAAUAACAAAGUACCUUCAUUGAGAGUUUAAAUCUUGCACAAAAACUGCACAUAGAUGUUUAUAGCUGCUGUAUUCAUAAUUGCCAGAACUUGGAAGAAACCAACAUGUCCUUCAGUAGGUGAAUGGAUAAACAAACUAUGGUACAUCCGGAUAAUGGAAUACUAUACUGUGCUAAAAGGAAACAAACUAUCAAACUAUGCAAAGAAUGGAGGAACUUUAAAUGCAUACUAGUAAGUAAAAUAAGCCAAUCUGAAAAAGCUAUAUACUGUAUGUUUCCAGCCAAAUGACAGUCUGAAAAGGACAAAACUAUGGAGACAAUAAAAAUAUCAAUGGUUCUAAAGGGUUGUGGAGUACAAGGAAGAUGAAUAGGCAGAGCAUAGAGGAUUUUUAGGGCAAUGAAUGUAUGCAUAAUGAUGAAUGCAUGCCACUAUACGUUUGUCCAAACUCAGAAUGUCCAACACCAAGAGUGAACAAUAAUGUCAAUUGUGGACUUUGAGUGAUUAUAUUGUGUCAAUGUAGGUCCAUCGAUUGUAACAAGUGUGCCAUACUGAUGGAGAAUGUUGCUAACUGGGGAGGCCAUGCAGGUGUGGCGGUUGGGGGGAUAUGGAAAAAUUUCUAUACUUUCUCCUCAAUCUUUCUGUGAGCCUUAAACUUCUCUAAAAGAAUAAAAUCUUAAAAUUUUUCACUUUCAAUUUUCUUAAAGCCUUCAGGCUAUCCAAAUGGGAUGCAAGGGAGUGUUGAAUAUGGCAUGGCAAUGAAAUUCCGAAGUUGAACUGGGAGAAGGGCACUUCUGCCAACUAUUAUAUGUAUCCCUUCUGGGAAUUCUGACUUGCCUCAGUGAUGGGGAUAUGCACAGCAACUGGCUUGGAAAUCUGUAAGCCAAACUCUCAGAUCAUGUCACGAUCUCAGAUCAUGUCAAAGACUCAAUAUACAGGAUUUCGAACUCAUCUUCAUCAUCCAUAUGAAGGAACCAAGUGAUUGAAUCCUUGGAAUUACAAUGACACUUAUCAGAAGCGUUUAUGUAUUUUGUAGUAUUGUUAUGUCAGUGCCGGGCUACGCGUCAAAGCCUCCAGAAGACAGGGAAUGGACAACCAACUGCUCCAACAUGUCCCUAAGAAAGGUUCCUGCAGACUUGAGCCCAACCGCAACCACACUGGAUUUAUCCUACAACCUCCUUUCUCAGCUUCAGAGUUCAGAUUUUCGUUCUGUCUCUAAACUGAAAGUUUUGAUUCUAUGCCAUAACAGAAUCCAAGAGCUGGAUAUCAAGACCUUUGAAUUCAACAGAGAGUUAAGAUAUUUAGAUUUGUCUUACAACAGAUUGAAGAUUGUAACUUGGUAUUCACUGGCAGGUCUCAGACAUUUAGAUCUUUCUUUCAAUGACUUUGACAGUGUGCCUAUCCAUGAGGAGGCUGGCAACAUGUCACAUCUGGAAAUCCUGGGUUUGAGUGGGGCAAAAAUACGAAAAUCAGAUUUCCAGAAAAUUGCUCAUUUGCAUCUAAAUACAGUCUUCUUAGGAUUAAGAAGUCUUUCUUAUUAUGAAGAAGGUAGCCUGCCCAUCUUAAACACAACAAAACUUCAUGUUGUUUUACCAAUGAACACAAAUUUCUGGGUUCUUUUGCGUGACGGAAUCAAGACUUCAAAAAUACUAGAAAUGACAAACAUAGAUGGCAAAAGCCAAUUGUCAAGUUAUGAAACUCAACAAAAUCUUACUUUAGCGAAUUCCAAGACAUCUAUUCUAUUGCUUAAUAAAGUUGAUUUACUCUGGGACGACCUUCUCCUCAUCUUCCAGUUUGUUUGGCAUACAUCAGUAGAAUGCUUCCAAGUCCAACAUGUGACUUUUGGAGGCAAGGUUUAUCUUGACCAUAAUUCAUUUGAUUACUCAAAUACUGCAAUGAGAACUAUAAAAUUGGAGCACAUACAGUUCAGAAUUUUUUAUACUCCACAGGAAAGGGUCUACUUGCUUUUUACCAAAAUGGAUAUAGAAAACCUGACUAUAUCAGAUGCACAAAUGCCACACAUGCGGUUUCCUAAUUAUCCUACAAGAUUCAAACAUUUAAAUUUUGCUGAUAAUAUCUUAACAGAUGACCUGUUUAAGCAACCUAUCCAAUUGCCUCAUUUGAAAACUUUAAUUUUGAAGGGCAAUAAAUUGGAGACACUUUCUUUAGUGAGUUUCUUUGCCAACAACACAUCCUUGAAGCACUUAGAUCUCAGCCAGAAUCUGUUACAAUAUGAAAAUGAUGAAAAUUGCUUUUGGCCAGAAACCUUGAUCACUAUGAACCUGUCAUCCAACAAAUUUGCUGAUUCUGUUUUCAGGUGCUUGCCCAGAAGUAUUCAAAUACUUGACCUGAAUAAUAACAAAAUUCAAACUGUCCCUAAAGAGAUUAUUCAUCUGAAGUCUUUGCGAGAACUAAAUCUCGCAUUUAACUUUCUAACUGAUCUUCCUGGGUGCAGUCAUUUCAGAAAACUCUCAAUUCUGAACAUUGAAAUGAACUUAAUUCUCAGCCCAUCUCUGGAUUUUUUCCAGAGCUGUCAGGAAGUUAAGACUCUGAAUGCAGGAAGAAAUCCAUUCCGGUGUACCUGUGAAUUAAGAGAUUUCAUUCAGCUGGAAAAAUAUUCACAGGGCAUGAUGAUUGGAUGGUCAGAUUCAUAUAUCUGUGAAUACCCUUUGAAUCUAAAGGGGACUCGGUUAAAGGAUGUUUAUCUUCCUGAAUUAUCUUGCAACACAGCUCUGUUGAUUGUCACCAUUGUGGUUAUCAUGCUAGUUCUGGGGACGGCUAUGGCCUUCUGCUGCCUCUACUUUGAUCUGCCCUGGUAUCUCAGGAUGCUAGGUCAGUGGACACAGACAUUGCAGAGGAUUAGGAAGACAACCCAAGAACAACUCAAGAGAAACGUCCAGUUCUAUGUGUUUAUUUCAUACAAUAAACAUGAUUCUACCUGGGUGAAGCAUGAAUUAAUUCCCAAUCUAGAGAAAGAAGAGAACUUGAUUUGCCUUCAUGAAGGAAACUUUGAUCCUGGCAAGAGCGUUACUGAAAAUAUCACGAACUGCAUUGAGAAAAGCUGUAAGUCCAUCUUUGUUUUGUCUCCCAACUUUGUCCAGAGUGAGUGGUGCUAUUAUGAACUUUACUUUGCCCACCAAAAUCUCUUCCAUGAAAAUUCUGAUUACAUAAUUUUUAUCUUGCUAGAAACCAUUCCACUCUACUGUAUUCCUACCAGGUAUCCUAAGCUGAAAGCUCUUAUGGAAAAGAAAGCAUACUUGGAAUGGCCCAAAGAUAGGCGUAAAUGUGGACUUUUUUGGGCAAAACUUAGAGCUUCUAUUAAUGUUAAUUUAUUAGAAACCAGAGAGAUGUGUGAACUACAGACAUUUGUGGAGCUGAAUGAAGAGUCUCAAGGUUCUGUAAUCUCUCUGAUAAGAACAGACUGCCUAUAAAAAUCCUCCCUUCCCGUAGGGAAAUGGGCCUUGCAUACACCAUGGGGAUAGAAAUUGAUACAGCCUUUAUGAUGGUUAUUUGGCAAUAUCAUUUAAAUGAAAAAUGACUACUUUUAUGUCACUUCCUCGAAGGAUUUCUAAGAAUGUAUCCUACAGAAAUACAAGUUUGCAAAGGCUUCUAUAAAACGGUGUUCAUCCCAGAAUUAUUUGUAAUACUGAAAAAUUGAAAACAGCUCAUGUUUCCACAGAAUAAAAACGAAUUCAAUAAAUUAUAGUUCAUUAAUGCGAUAAAAUGUUACACAGCCAUUAAAAAGAAUGAGGUAGUUCUAUAUUUACUGGUAUGGAGAAAAUUAUAUUAAUAUGGUGGUUUAUAUAUUGAAAUAAAAGUCUAAAUGAAUCUAUAUUCAGUA